AAACCCUCGCUGUCGAAUCGAUAUCCGAAUGUGUAUACAAGGAGCGCCUCCUUGAUGAACUGCAAAUCUCCAAUGAAGCUCGCCGCUUAGUGCAAGCACUAUCUCGGAAUUACACAAACAAAUUGAAGAACCUAGACUCGCCAGACGGUCCGAAUGAGGAGCAACAAACUCCAUGGAGCUCGGAUUUCGUACCUAAUAAAGGCGGAGGUCAGAUCAUCCUCCUCCAUGGCAAACCCGGAGUUGGGAAGACAUCAACCGCAGAGUGCUUUGCCGAGCUGAGUCAUAGACCUCUUCUCACAAUUACCUGUGGUGAUCUCGGGACACAUGCUUAUGAGAUCCAACAAAGUCUUGAACGUUGGCUACAUCUCGGAACCUUAUGGAACUGUGUGCUUCUUUUCGACGAGUCUGAUGUUUUCCUGGAGUCGAGGAGCCACGGAGACAUCUACCGCAACAGUAUUGUGUCUGUCUUCUUAAGAGCGAUCGAAUAUCACACCGGUUUAAUGUUCUUAACAACGAACCGUAUUGGCAGCUUUGACGAGGCGAUCCUGUCACGCAUUCACGCCGUCUUGCACCUCCCGAAUCUAACAAUAGAAAACCGCAGGGAGAUCUGGGAUACCAGCUUCAGGAAGCUCGCAGAGGAGAGGCCGACCAUCAAGGUUGAUUUUGCACUAAUGAAUUAUGCUUACUACGACGAGAAGAUCCGCAAAUUAGAUUGGAAUGGGAGAGAGAUUCGGAACGCAUUCAAUACGAUGAUAGCGCUAGCAGAGUGGGACGCACAGCAUAAUAAUAAAUACACGAAGGAUGGUAAGGUUCUAGUUACAAGGCUUCAUUUGGAGGAGGUAGCCACUAUGAGUGGAACAUUUAAGGAGUAUCUAGAGGAGUUGCGAGGUAUGACUGAUGACGAGCACAUGAGAAGUCAGGGGAUUCGGGGUAUAUAA